AUGGCUCGAACCAAACAGUUUGCACGAAAAAAUGCCUCUCUCUGUACACCACCCUCUUCAUCGUCCUCAUACCAAUCCAGAGAGCGUUCUCCCUCUCCACCACCUCGCCCUUCACCACCACACUCAUCUUCCGCCUCUCCAUCUCCUCAAAACAGUCAAGAAGUUCUAAACCUCAUGCCUUUGUCUACCUUUCUUCCACCACUAUACACUCGUCCUACACCAAACUACACUCAAGUGCCUCCCCAUCUUCGCACCAGAAUCACUCCUCCACGUCGCUCCAUGCACGUCCAGUCUGGUAUUGGUACAUCAAAGUCCAUGAACCCUAAACCUUUUUACUUCAUUAUUUCAGACUCUGAGAGUGAUGACUCUUCUGAAUCGUGUCCCCCAGUAGAAAAAUCACCAACACAAACUGAACCACAAAGACACACGAUGCCUACAGUACCAACACCUUCACCACAAAAUCCACCAACGACUACUAACCCUUCGACACCCUCAAAAUCGGCUUUCUCUUCUGAACCUUCACACGCAACUCCUCCCCAUCAAAAACGGAGAUCGUUAAAUGACAUCGUUUCUCCUUCUCCAAACCAAAAAGAACCACUCUCUCAACCAAAACCACCAACUAAACCCAUGAGAACCAAAAACACAAUCACUAUUGCUCAGUUUCUUGCUCGAAAAAAUCUCUCAAAUCCUCAAAGAAAGAAAACGCUUGCCCCAAAACAAAACCUAAAAAACAGUCAAAAACCAAUUUCUCCAGAACAAGAACGUUCUCCAACUGCUCCUCCACAAGAACGUUCACCAUCACAAGAACAUUCUCCAACUGCCCCUCCACCAAAAUCUUCUCCACAAAAGAAUUCCAAACGAUCUUCCCCUAUAUCCACAUCCUCUGAUUCUGAACCAUCUCCCCCAACUAAGAAACCAAAACAGAAUGCUCCUCCUCUAAUCUCCCUUGCAAAAUCAAAACUCUUCAAUGAAAAAUCGGCUCAACGCCCAAUCCUUGCCAAGGACAAGGGCAAGCAACCUGCACUUAAUCAAGAGGUAUCUAAGAAAAGGAAGGAACCACCAUCAGAGAAGCUUUUGGCUAAUGCUAUGAAAGAGAUUUCUCAGAAGAAAAAGAAGCCUGUUACAUCACCCCCACCUAAGAAAACUCCUGCACCUAAGGAUAAGGAUGCAGAAGUCACCAUUCCAGCAGAAUUUCUAAAAAGGAAAAUCCAUGAGGGUUUUCUUUCAUCUACUCUGGACAGUUAUCCAAAACUGAUAAGGGAGUUUUAUGCAAACUUCAAGCUUACUGAUAAGGGAUUCAAGACUCAGAUUAAAGGUAAACGGUUAUCAAUGUCUUUUGAAGAUUUUGCUGAAUUGACAGGAUUGCCAUUCCACGGAACAUCCUUAGACGGUAGUUCUGAUGCGGAUGCAACUGACGAAGGAUGGGAAGCAUCACUGGACAGGCACACGGCAGUGAAAGAUAUUAUGGUUGAUGGAAAUCACGCGGUUGUUCAGAAGCUAGAUAUUCUACUGUUAUGGGGAUUAUCCAAAGAACUAAAGAUGAGUUGGACUUGGAUUGUGCUAAGGCACAUGCUAGAAGCUUCGUAG